UGCAUAGAUCCCUAAUGUCUUUUUGUAAUAAUUGGACGCAUCACUUUGUCUGCAACUUUUAAAGUCUGAGAGCGUACUCACACACUGUAGUCAAUUUUGAAGAGAGAUAAUAGAAUGGGAAGUGCUUCACUUGUCUUGUUUGCGAGACUCUCGGGUUUAGUAAUCGCGGUUUUGGUUGUGUACUGGGCCCUCUUGCUCGUCCCUCAUCAAGGCCUCACAUACUCUACUCUUCAUCCUCUGCUGAUGGUAAUUGGCUUCAUUCUUGUAAGUGGAGAAGCGAUUCUGAUACACAGAUGGUUGCCUGGUUCAAGAAAAACAAAGAAAGCAGUUCAUCUAUGGCUACAAGGAAUGGCAUUGGUCUCUGCUGUGUUUGGGAUAUGGACAAAGUUCCAAUAUCAAUCUGGAGUUUUCUCAAACUUCUACAGUCUCCAUUCUUGGAUGGGUCUACUCUCUGUUUCUCUCUUCGCUGCUCAGUGGGUGACUGGGUUCAUGAGCUUCUGGCAUAGAGGAGAAGUACGGACAACAAGAACCACGUUUCUUCCAUGGCAUGUCUUCCUCGGACUCUACACCUACGGUCUAGCCAUUGCCACCGCGGAGACCGGACUACUUGAAAAGCUAACCUUCCUUCAGACCAACAAAAACGUCCCAAGACGCUGUCAUGAAUCAACGGUCGUCAACGGUCUUGGUCUCGGCUUGGUUCUGCUCAGUGGCGUUGUCAUAACAGCUGCUAUUUUGCCAAAGUAUCAGAAUAGCCAUUCUGGUAAUGAGAAACUCGUUUAUUCAUCUCAAGACCGUCCCAAAUGUUUGACUUCUUGAGUUUAAAAAAAAAAAAAUUUGUUUUUGUAUUAAUAACUACACAUCUCUCUGGUGUACAAAUUAGUUUCGGUAUUAACGCAUUGUGAUGAUUA